AUGCCCGACUACGACAACGACUAUGCUCUCUUCCAGGCUGAAUUCGCUGGCGGUGACACCGACACUGAGAUGGGCGAAGGCUCACCAGCCACCAGCUCUUCUCCUUGCCCAGCUGAACCACCCAACCCCUCUAUCCUCUACAACAACAUUCCUCCCCACGACUUUGACAUCCCAAUCGCCCAGACCAUCGAUCUCACAAGCGAGCUAACAAGACCAGGAGGUCCUCUCCCAAUCUCCGGGCCCUACUUCAACAUUGACAUCACCAAGACGCUUGAUCUAAUGCUUGCAAGACACCAGCAGAAAGGCCAACGCUUCUUCCGCUUGAAGUGGGCCAUGAAUUACCUCUCCCAGGGCUUUUAUCCUGCAUGCAAAUAUCCCGGUUGUACGUCUAGAUGCAGAAUCGUGGACCACGACCUCAAAGUUCUGACUUGCAAGAAACUCCAACCUGACGGUGAGGAUUAUAUGCGCUAUGUGACUACUGACAAAGAGCACGCUGCUUUCCUCUGUGUAUCCUGCGUGCAUGAGAACUGGAUGCCAUCGUUCAUGUGGAAGACCAGAGUCGUCGGUUUCAUGGCAAACCCGGUGGUUGAGGUCAAGACGUUUGAGCGUUGGUCAACUCCUGAGUUCUUCUUCAAUAGAGCAAGAGAUACUGAUGCUUUUCCUGAGGCUGUCACUGCUACGAGCGUUUUGAACAAGACAUACAAUUACUUACUCCCGGUAGUUGCUGCUGGAUUUGGGCUCCGAUAG